AGAAAUCGGCUUCUUGUCGAAGUCAAAGAAAGGCCAAGUCAAGAUCGCCAUUCUCAUCGAAACAAGUCCAAGUCUCCUCCAAUCCACAUGCAAAAAGUCAUAAAUACUUCAAUCUGCAACACAAAAGCCAAACACACCAGCUAUCACGCCACUAAUUCAUUUGCCAGCAGCAUCAAUAAUAAUUUUGUCCCAAGGGAACCACCGUCAAUCCCACCUACGUCAAAACUCUUUCCCCAUCAAUCGAAUGAUUUAAACAAGGGUUUGUCAUCGGAAUUGAAGUUUUUGGUCUGGGUGUUGAAGAUCCAAACGGUUAUCGACUCAAAAACCAGCCAAUUAAAUAAUAUUUGACUCGAGAAAUGGGGGAAAUGAAGAAACCCCAAUUGGACUGCCCUUCGCCUGAAGUAUCUCAGGGAGAUAGUGAUUCGGAAUCCACUUCGGUUUCAUCAUCAAUGCAAAGCUCCAUUUCGAGUGCAACAUCUUCACUCGAUCAAGAUAGCAGUAAUGUCAAAGGAGGAACCCGACAAAAGAAAACACUGAACAAAUCAAUUUCGAAGAAACUAUCCACUUUUGGGAGCUUCAUGUCAUCUAGGAGGCGGGCACAAUCAAGACUCUGUCAAUCUUCGAUCAAAUUGCCGGAUGAGGGUUCCACCACAGCCCCACAUCCUUCUUCCAUUGAAGUAUCAGAUGAAUCAUCUAAUAAUGUUCAGAAACCUACGCCGAAGUUCACAAGAACGGGUAGUCUGAGAUCUGUUAAAAUCUUCAGGAGCAAGAGCAAGAACAAGUCUAGUUUCAAACCAAAAAAGCCGUCAAUCGACAAAACUUCAGACAUUUCCGAAGAAUCCCAUUUGGAGAGAGCUACAUUUUCAUCAAUUCUUAAGGACUCAAAGUUCCCUGAACACCUUAAGCAUCAAGCGGGACCACUAGAACCUGAAGAAGUACUUCCGGUAGCAAAGUUUUGUCCAUACCAACACUGUUCUCUCCAUGGCCAUCAUCAUCAUCACGAGCCCCCACCAAAACGCUUCACAUACUUGAAACGGCGAACUGCAAACGACCAAAAGAGCGUGAAACCUGAAAGUAAAUCCGCAGAUAAAAGUUCUGGCAAGAAAAGAGAGGCGAAAGUAACCAAAAAGAUUUCUAAUCGCGAAUCUGCUCCUCCAGAUGUUGAUUUCUCUAUAGAGUUCUAUGCUAAAACGAGAUCCGAACCUCUUGAAAGUUAUGGUCAUGAUGAUGCUGAGUUUGCUGACAUCUUGUUUGGUGUGAACAGCUUGCAAGAGAAAAAUAAGACGACACGCGUGUCAAAUGAUCGCCGUUCUGUUGAUUUGAAGGAUGAAAACGAUGGAAAUUCAGAUGGGUUGAAGAGCGAACUUGCAAAGAAGCCAGUUUUAAAGAAAGCCAACCAUAUGAGCAUGUGGCAUAUGAUUCAUCGGCAUAUGGUAUCUGGUCUUGCAGCGGAAUCUGGAGACGAGAUACCUCAACAACUAGACGACGAAAAGAAAUCGUGUAUUGAUGAUGCAAGCACUUCACGUCUAACAAAAGAUUUUGAUGAUGCUGUGAGUCACGAGACUGAGAUCCGAAAGAUGUUUGCAAUCAAGCUCGUGAGAGAAGCAAUCGAGAAGAUCCUUCUUCCAGAAGUUCAAGAUGAUCAAUCCACCACGAGUGAAGUUAUAUCUGAACAAAACCUAUCAGAAAUCAGUCGAAAUGGAAAUGAAGAUGAAAUAACAAGCCAUCCAAAAGACGAACCCGAGGCCAAUAACGAUAGAGCUGAAGAACAGCCGGUAAUGGAGGAACCGGUAGAAAAGAUAACGGAAAAAAGAACACCGAAGAGGUGGAGUAACCUAAAGAAAGUUAUCCUUCUGAGCAAGUUCGUUAAGGAACUAGAAAAGGUGAAGAAAUUCAAUCCGAAGAAGCCGAUAAACCUUCCGUUGGCACCUGAACCAGAAUCCGAAAAGGUUUCUUUAAGACGUCAGAAAACCGACGAUAAGAAAAAUGCUGAUGAAUGGAUGCUUGAUUAUGCUCUUCAAAAGGUCGUUAGCGAACUCGCUCCAACUCAGAAAAAGAAAGUCGCAUUGCUCGUAAAAGCUUUCGAAACCGUGGCUCCUGCCCACGAGGAUCAACAAGAUUCAAGAUCGAAUGCCGAACUCCAAAGGGUCGGUUCCGAAACAAAAGUUAAAUUUCAAGGGAUACAUGAAUCGGGUGUCGGCUCGAAGGCGGAUUUCGAGAUAAAAACGACUCCAGAUGUUGGAUCUAGUUCAUUCUCUGAACGGUCAGAGGAGAAGAAAGAAUCAAGAUUCGAUUUUGGUGCCGGAAACCAGUUGGAGAAAGAAAAACACAUUAAAAUGUGGCAUAUGAUUUACCAACAUGUGGCAACGGAUAUCGCUACAAAAAUUGGAUCAGAGCUACUUCUUGACGGAGAAGAAUCGACGAACAGUGAAGAGAAGAAUUUGCAAGAAGUUGAAGGUCAUACCGGAAGAAAGCAUGGGUUUCGGUUCACCGAUGCUGUUAAGCUCGUAAGAGAAUCGGUUGAUGAAAUCCUUCUCCCGGACAUUCCCGACAAUUCUUCACAAGAAACGCAAUCAGUUGCAUGUGACGUAUCCUCUGAUCACGAAGAACACACAGAAAACGUUGAAAAAGGUUUAGUUUUCGAUGAAAAUAAGAAACCGGAAAUUGUGGGAUCAUUUGGGAACAGAUUACAGCAGCAGAAGUCCAAGAAUUGGAGUAAGUUGAAGAAACUGAUUUUGCUGAAACGAUCAAUUAAGGCGUUGGAAGGGUUUCGGAAACUGAAACCGCAAACCCCAGAACGAAAGAUCUUGAUAAAUGAGACGGAAGAAGAAAGAGUUGAAUUAAGGCGUCAAAUGAUGGACGAAAGGAAGAAAGCAGAGCAGUGGAUGCUCGAUUAUGCAGUUCAACAUAUCGUCACCAAGCUGACCCCGGCUCGUAAAAAGAGAGUCUCGAUGCUCGUUGAAGCUUUCGAAGCAGUCGUCCCGCUUCCGGAUAUUUAAGACAUAAAAUGAAUCUACAAGGGCCAUAUUCAAGAUUUCUUGAAUUAGAGGUACGGCAAGAUUGAAUCAACUCAGAGGAGGAAUCGUCUUGCAGUUUGUUAUGAAUGACCAAAAUCGACAAACUAGUAAUACAGGGUACAUAGAAAUCGAGUGACGUUUAUACGUUCGUGAGUGUAGAAUGAUUUUUUUGGUUGCAAAAAUUAUUCUUUUGCAUUUUUUUGUCUAAAAUCUUUCACAAUUAGAGAUCCUGAAUACCAUCCCAUUGGUUGGUUUGUUGUUUUGUUUGUAUGUAAAAUGUAGUUAUGAUCUUGUUCUUCUCCU